AUGGCCAAGGGCGACGUUAACCAGGCCGAGAAGUCCUUCCUCGGCAUGCCGUCAUCGAAGCAUCAUCACAAUGAUCCAGCCCGGUCUUCUGCCUAUCAUAAAGCCAUGGCGACGGUCUUGGAUGAUGCUGUAGAUGGCACACUCGAUGGAUUUGUCGACAUACAACGUCGCCAUGUUCAGUCGCUGACGUUUCCUGCGGCAUUAGGGUUUCCUGGUGGACUUCUUGAGCCAAUGAAGCUCAUCUCCCAUUGCUAUGAAUAUCAUGGAAUAUACGCUGGACGGGUCCUGGGGGUAAUAACGGCUCCAACGCUCCGUGUUAUCGCACCGAUCGGAAGAGAAAAAUUUUUGCUCUUCCUUCCUCCCAGUUCCAAGUCUCAGCAUCUCAGGCUGGAUGAGAUGAUCCGUGCUGGUCGUCUUGACCGCAAGUACAAUGGUAUCAUCGACUGCUUCCGACGGACCGCCGCCUCCGAGGGUGUUAUGUCCCUGUGGAGAGGUAACACUGCCAACGUCAUCCGUUACUUCCCCACCCAGGCCCUGAACUUCGCCUUCCGUGACACCUACAAGUCGAUGUUCUCCUUCAAGAAGGACCGUGAUGGCUACUGGUGGUGGAUGGCCGGUAACCUGGCCUCCGGUGGUGCUGCUGGUGCCACUUCCCUGCUCUUCGUCUACUCCCUUGACUACGCUCGUACCCGUCUGGCCAACGACGCCAAGUCUGCCAAGAGCGGUGGUGAGCGUCAGUUCAACGGUCUGAUCGACGUCUACAAGAAGACCCUUGCUUCCGACGGUAUCGUUGGUCUGUACCGUGGUUUCGGUGUCUCCGUCCUGGGUAUCAUUGUCUACCGUGGUCUGUACUUCGGCAUGUACGACUCGCUCAAGCCCGUCGUCCUGGUUGGUCCUCUUGAGGGCAACUUCCUGGUCUCCUUCCUGCUCGGCUGGUCUGUCACUACUGGUGCUGGUGUUGCUUCUUACCCUCUGGACACCAUCCGUCGUCGUAUGAUGAUGACCUCUGGUGAGGCCGUCAAGUACUCUUCUUCUCUCGACUGCGCUCGCCAGAUCAUGGCCAAGGAGGGUUUCCGCUCCUUCUUCAAGGGUGCUGGUGCUAACAUCCUCCGUGGUGUUGCUGGCGCUGGUGUCCUGUCUAUCUACGACCAGGUUCAGCUCCUCCUCUUCGGCAAGAAGUUCAAGGGUGGCUCUGGUUAA